AUGAGGGGAUGUCUUACCUGCCGCCAGCGCCAUUUGAAAUGUGAUAAAACCGGUGUCGAAUGUCUACGGUGUCAGCGCUCCGGACGACGGUGUAUACCCGCGCCUGCAAAACCGGAAGAGAUCACUUUUCGACACGGUCAGAAUCCUUCACUAAGAGCUAAAGGGCCGCCUCGAUACGGGGAGAGCGAUUUGGCAUUUCCGGACGAUCAGACUUGGGUUGAGACGCCUCCCGACGUCGCUUUCGAAGACGAAACAGACCGCACAGCAGCGGAUUACCACGUUAUAGGUCCAGAGGCGAUGCCAUUCGGCGCAGAAACAACAUCUGACAGCCGGUCAUCAGCUUCUUUGGCCACGAUGACUCCUCCAGUUGUUCCCACCGGCUUGCUGCCUUCGUUUUCGCCGGGCGAUUUGGCGCAUCCUACGGCUUUACCUGUAUCUCGACCUAGUUCCGUCAACUCUUUGCUUCCGGCAGAUACCCUGGUCGCUCGUCCAAAGCUGGCUAGUUUGAACGAGGCUUUUCUUCUGAGGCAUUAUCGAAAGGCUCUUGGUGCAUGGCUUGACGCGUGUGACUUUGAAAGACACUUUUCGACAGAGGUGGUUGACCGUGCACCGCUAUGCGCACUCCUACUUUACGCUUGUCUGGCAAUUUCUGCCCGUCAUCUCUGUCAUACUACGAAAUCGGUGCCGCCGCAUGUUGCGGACGAAUACCAUGAACGAUGUAUUGCGAUUCUUCUCCCGGUUCUGGAGAAUAAAGACUACAACAUUAGCAUUGAGAUUCUUCUCGCCUCGACCGUGAUACUACGGUUUUUCGAACAAAUUUCUUCCCAACAUCCAUCUUGCGACUUGCAGCGACAUUUACUAGCAGGAUCCGUCUACAUCAGCUCGCACGUCGACUGCGCAAUUUCCGGCGGCCUCGCAGAAGCCUCCUUCUGGGUUUUCGUCAUACAAGACAUCCAAUUCGCACUGGCCUACCAAAACCCCCUUCGACUGACCUUCAGCCCCUUUGAAGAGAAACUCCGACAGGCAUGGGCUUCCCAAACCCUCCUGGACGACCGAUGCUGGACCCAUCGGGCAAUCUGGAUCCUAGCAGAAACGAUCAACUACUGCUACAGCAGCAACACCGGCGAGAGCCAACUCGACGCGAUCGAUGGAGAGGCAUUACGGGAAAAGAUUUGCUCAUGGGAAUCCGAACACCCAGCUGAAUUCCAGCCGUUGCACUUCUCCCCAGCCGACCCGAGAAAUAACCGACCGUUUCCUGUCGUGUGGUAUACUAGUCCCUGGCAUGCGACUGCGAUCCAGCACAUCUGUAUGGCUAAAGCCCUGAUAAGGGAACAUGACUUACGAGUCAUGCAUAUGGGUCCUGACUCAGACCGGCAUGCAAGACGGUUGAAUGAAGAAGUCAUGGAAAACCUCAGCGUUCUCUUCGGAAUCGCUUUAUCGGCGGACGAUGAUCCCUCCGCACGCACCAUGGCGUGUCAUGCUCUUUGUGCCUGCGGCUCCUGGAUCCGCGAUGCCCAAGCCCAAAAUAUCCUCCUCGACCUCCUCCGGCGAACAGAAGCCGAAAAUGGCUGGCCGUGGACGUUCAUGAUGCAGAAACUAACUCAAGAUUGGCGUCUGACUGUCCGAUGA